UCAUGGCUUUCACUUUGGACGCAGUGCUUGAUUUAGGCGGAGAAAAGGAAGACUACGAACAGUUGCAAACGUGUGAUAAUGACGAUGAAGAAGCAAUGGAAUUCGGGCACGAGAAGAUGGAAAAGAUGACAGAUGAGACGUUAACACUCGACAAUGUCGAGAUUAGAAAUUUUAUCAGCAAGUUGGGUCUGAACAAAGCAAAAGUCAAGAAUGAAACAAGUAAAGAAACAGACAAAAAGUUGGACACUGAGCAAAGAACAAGCAAAAAGAAAACAACACAAAAGAAAGUGGAUCCUCUCAUCCAGAAUGAUAGUGUGGAGAAGAAACAUGAGAGCAAAAGGAAGCCAUUACAUUCUAGUUUGUUAGAACAGCUUCAAGCUUCAGCUGCUAAGUCGAUUAAGCACUUUUUGGUUAGCCCUGGCACUUUCUGGUUUCAUAACGUUCCUGAUGUUCCUUCUGAUUUUGCUUUGUUGCUGCCUGAUGCUGAAUCGGCACACACUUGUCUUAAGAUUGGAGCCACGCUGCUAGAGCAUGAUACCAUCCUAUACAAACAAAAGAAAGAUGCUCAGAAGAGUGGUGAUGUUCAGUGGCUAACAAAAGUGUUGACAUCAGGAACAUUGAGUGACAAGUUGGCUGCUUUGGCUUUGCAAAUUCAAGAGUCUCCUGUUCAUCAAGUAGACCGCCUCUGUGCAUUACUGAAUAUGAUGAAGAAAAAGAGCAAGCGAGAGGCUCUCAUGGCUGUAGAUACGAUGAAGCAGCUGUGGUUGACCGAUCUUCUUCCUGAAAAUCGAAGAUUGAAACCAUUGUCAGAGCAACCGUUAGUCUACUUGUCUACAGUUGGACAAUCAAGUGGUAGCGAGGCACGAGACAGGCUGCUUCUGUUUUGGUACUUUGAAGAUUGCCUACACAAUUUAUGUGGACAAGUUAUAGAGGCAUUACAGAUGUUGAUACAAGAUGUAGAGGAAAAUGUCAGGAAGAAGACAUUAGGAAUUGUGUAUGACUUGCUAACAUCAAAACCAGAACAAGAGCAGGAGCUACUGUCUAUGCUUGUGAACAAGUUAGGUGAUCCUACAAGGCAAGUAUCGUCAAAGGCUGUCUAUCUUUUGUUAAAAUUAGUGAAUGAUCAUCCCAACAUGAAACUAGUUGUGGUCUGUGAUAUCGAGAAACUUCUUUAUCGGGCAAAUAUCAGCGAGAGAGCUCAAUACUAUGCCAUUUGUUUCCUCAAUCAGUUGAUCCUCACUCACGCAGAAUCACAAUUAGCUGAUCGCUUAGUUGAUGUCUAUUUUAGUUUUUUCAAGUUAUACAUAAAGAAGGAAACAGCAGAGACACGUAUGCUGGCAUCUCUAUUGUGUGGUGUGAACAGAGCUUUUCCCUUCUCAAAGAUUGACAAUGACGGCGUCAUUGAAGAGCAUCUCGAUACUCUCUUUAAAGUUGUACAUGUUGGAACGUUUAACACGAGUGUUCAGGCUUUUAUGCUUCUGUUUCAAGUGAUGGAGUCAAGAAAAUCAGUGUCUGAUCGUUUCUACCAAGCUCUUUAUGAGAAGUUGCUUGAUCCAGGGUUGAGACUGUCCUCAAAACAUGCCAUGUUUCUCAAUGUUUUGUUUAAGGCUUUGAAAGCAGAUCCAUCUUUAAAGCGUGUGAUGGCAUUUAUCAAGCGGCAGCUACAAGUUUGUUUCUACCAACGCGCUGACUUUACUUGUGCCAUGUUAUAUCUUGUAUCAGAGCUGGAACAUGGCAGACCUUAUCUACUAGAAAAGCUGUGUGAGCAAAUCAAGGAAAGUUACGAUGAGGAACACUUCGAAGAUAUUGAUGAUGGAGAGGGCCGUGGUGGUAGGCAAUUAAACUCUCAAUCGUCUACUUCUCAAACAAGUCAGUACAAACCUCGACACAGAAAUCCUCUUUAUGCUGGCACUGAAAAUACAUCACUGUGGGAACUCAACAAGCUUGUUUGUCAUUUUCAUCCAUCAGUGAGUCGUUUUGCAACAGACUUGCUGCAGACUUCUUGCAUCGAAUAUGAGAGUGAUCCAUUGAAGGACUUCGCUCUUAUUAGGUUCUUAGAUCGAUUUGUGUAUAAAAAUCCCAAAAAGAAAGCAACAGAUCAUGGAGGAUCUCUGAUGCAGCCAAAAGUAACAUCAGCAAGAUUUGCAGAUCAUCCAGUUAACAGCAAGAAGUUUUUGUCUCAAGCAAAGAGUGAUGUAAGAGAAGACGAGCUGUUCUUUUACAAGUAUUUUACCUGUGCUGCAAAGCGUCACAGAAUAACAAGUGAAGUGCAAACUUCUCACGAUGAAGACAUUGAAGAUUUUGAAGUUGACGACGAUGAAGUUGAGCCACUGAACUUUGCAACUGCUUUAGCAAAGUCUAAAUCUGACAUGAGUCGGCGUUCAAGUGCAGACAAUGAAUCAAGUGAUAAUCUGGGCACCUCAGAUGAAGAAGAUCAAGAUGAAGUGGAUAUACCAGAUGAAGAAAAUUUGUCUGGAAAUGAAAUGACGGAAGCAGGUUAUGAGAAGCUGUUAUUGGAAAACAUGUCUUCUGAAGAGGAGGAGGAUCACAAAAUGGAUCAAGACUCUUCACAAGUUCAGAGUCACAAAAACAAACGGUUGAGUGCAAAAGAUCGAGGUUCUUAUUCAUUGUUUGCUUCUGCAGACGAGUUUGCUCAUCUUUUGGAGGAAAAUCAGUCAAUGUCUGGUGGAGGUUCUGAUGCUCUUGAAGUGAAGGUAGGAGAAAGUCGAAAGCAGCUGGAAUGGGAACAACAACGGGCGGGCGACUGGAAGUGGAAAAAGAAUAGGAAAAGAAAAUUUCGUGAUAGAGAUCAGUCACGUAGGAAUACAAGGAAAGGGACGGGUAAGACAACAAAGAGCUCCAGACCAAUGAAAAGAAAUGUAAUAAACAAGAAAAGUAAAGGUAAUCAAGGAGGUCGUAGAAAAUAACUGGAGAUUUGGGAGGAGCAAGUGUGUGAUGAUAGAUGAUAGUAAUGUAAAAUUUGAAGCUUUUCGUAGGUUUCUAUGGCAAAUUUGGCACUAGGACCUAGCUAGCUGCGAUACCCAUUAUUACUGUUCUAUUUCCAUUAUAUACACAAUAGUAGGUAUUAA